AUGUCUGGUGUUUGGGUGUUCAAGAAUGGUGUGGUUCGAUUGGUGGACAGCACCGGAAGUGAUUCCUGUCAGGGUUCUGGUCGACGUAAGGUGCUGGUUCAUGUAGCUACGAACGAAGUGGUGACUUCGUAUGAGGUGCUGGAAAGAAUCUUAUUGUCAUUCGGAUGGGAGAGGUACUACGAUGAUCCUGAUCUUUUUCAGUUUCAUAAAAGGUCAAAUGUGCACCUAAUUUCUCUCCCUAAAGACUUCAACAAGCUUAAGUCCAUGCAUAUGUACGAUAUAGUCGUCAAGAAUCGUAAUGUGUUUGAAGUGAGAGAUAUAUAA